GCGCGGAGGGAGGUGAGGCGCGCGGAGCCGGGAGCCGGGGAGGCCCCGCCCCUGCCUCUCCUAGUCCGCUCCUGGUCGCCUCCAAACCCGCUCACUUUGCCUGUCGCCUCUGGACGGCGGCGGGGCGGUUGCCAGAGCUGCGGCUGGAGGGAGCGCCGGGGACUGGGAGUCAUCCCGCACCGGCCUCCCCUCUCGGCGCCCGCGCCCCUCAGGGGGGUCAGCGCCCCGGCCUUGAAAAGGGCACCCAGGCCUCGUUGGGGGCAUCCCCCGGGCGCCAGGGGCAGCGGCGCCGAUAGCCUCCUUCUUGGCCAGCGGGGCGCGGGGCGCAGAGCUGGCGCCGGAGGGGACUCCCCGGCCACCCACAGGUACCGCGGCGCAGAGGAAGCGUCUCUAGGAGCGACGCUGGGCUGCCGAGGAAGCCAGAACUGAGGGACCCCCCGCGCCGGCGAAGGGGAGGAGCGGAGCCCGGGGGCAGAGCCGGCCAGACAGCCCGCGGGCCCCGACGGCGCGCUCCCGGGUCGGCCAACGUCAGGCGGACCCCGCGCGGCGGCCGGGGGGACGGCGGCGGCGCCCUCGACCUACGGGGGCCUCGGGGCGGCCAGCCAUGACCUUCGGGCGCAGUGGGGCGGCCUCGGUGGUGCUGAACGUGGGCGGCGCCCGGUACUCGCUGUCCCGGGAGCUGCUGAAGGACUUCCCGCUGCGCCGCGUGAGCCGCCUGCACGGCUGCCGCUCGGAGCGCGACGUGCUCGAGGUGUGCGACGACUACGACCAAGAGCGCAACGAGUACUUCUUCGAUCGGCACUCGGAGGCCUUCGGGUUCAUCCUGCUCUAUGUGCGCGGCCACGGCAAGCUGCGCUUCGCGCCGCGGAUGUGCGAGCUCUCCUUCUACAACGAGAUGAUCUACUGGGGCCUGGAGGGCGCCCACCUCGAGUACUGCUGCCAGCGGCGCCUCGACGACCGAAUGUCCGACACCUACACCUUCUACUCGGCGGACGAGGCGGGCGCGCAGGGCCGCGACGAGGCGCCCCCCGGCGGCGCCGAGGCGGCCCCUUCCAGGCGCUGGCUGGAGCGCAUGCGGCGGACAUUCGAGGAGCCCACGUCCUCCCUGGCCGCGCAGAUCCUGGCUAGCGUGUCGGUGGUGUUCGUGAUCGUGUCCAUGGUGGUACUGUGCGCUAGCACACUGCCCGACUGGCGCGCCGCGGCCGCCGACAACCGCAGCCUGGAUGACCGGAGCAGGUACUCUGCCGGCCCUGGGAGGGAGCCCUCCGGGAUAAUUGAAGCUAUCUGCAUAGGUUGGUUCACUGCAGAGUGCAUCGUGAGGUUCAUCAUCUCCAAAAACAAGUGUGAGUUUGUCAAGAGACCCCUGAACAUCAUUGAUUUAUUGGCAAUCACGCCGUAUUACAUCUCGGUGUUAAUGACAGUAUUUACAGGCGAGAACUCUCAACUCCAGAGGGCUGGAGUCACCUUGAGGGUGCUUAGAAUGAUGAGGAUUUUUUGGGUGAUUAAGCUUGCUCGUCACUUCAUUGGUCUUCAGACACUUGGUUUGACUCUCAAACGAUGUUACCGAGAGAUGGUUAUGUUACUUGUCUUCAUUUGUGUUGCCAUGGCAAUCUUUAGUGCACUUUCUCAGCUUCUUGAACAUGGGUUGGACCUGGAAACAUCCAACAAGGACUUCGCCAGCAUCCCUGCUGCCUGCUGGUGGGUGAUUAUCUCUAUGACUACAGUUGGCUAUGGAGAUAUGUAUCCUAUCACAAUGCCUGGAAGAAUUCUUGGAGGAGUUUGUGUUGUCAGUGGAAUUGUUCUACUGGCAUUACCGAUCACCUUUAUUUACCAUAGCUUUGUGCAGUGUUAUCAUGAGCUCAAGUUUAGAUCAGCUAGAUACAGUAGGAGCCUCUCUGCGGAGUUCCUAAAUUAAUGCACUGCAAAUCAUGUCUUGCAUAUACUUUGCUCAAGAGAAAGAGUUGAUGCUACUUCAUAUUCAUGUAUUUCUUGUGCGGUGAGCACUGCAGUGGUACAGUCAUUAUUUUGGUAGGGUAAAAAUUAUCCUUCCCAGCUGAAGGGAUAAAACAAUUUACUUAUUAUGGAGUAAAUAGGAGUGAGACUGCAAAGGAAAAUUAAUGACUCCUAGAGUAAGUUUUAGGAUCUUAUUUUAUUUAGACUUGUUUCUUGUUGCCUUGAACAAUUACACAUUUCGUUUUAAAGUAUAUUAUUUGAACAUUUUAAAAUGGAAAGCUGUAUUUUCCAAAUGUUUUCCCAUCUUGUGAAUUCCAAAGAAGCUUGGAAGUUAGUGUUGUUUUUUGUUGGAGAGCAACAUUUUCAUUUCUAAAUGUUUUAUAAUCUCUCAUAUCAAUGUCAGAAGUAUCCUGGAAACAUAUGUCACACGCAAGAACUGUUGAACAAAUACUUAAAAAAUUUGGCUGAAUUUAAACUGUAUAAUAGAGCUAGAUACAAGCAAGAAUAGUAUUUGGAGAAGUUUUCCAGCGUAUUUCUCAAUUCCCUGAUUUAUUUUUUUACCCUAUUAUUCCACUUAUCAUACAGCUUCAUGGAAGCUUGAGUAUGGCCUCCCUUUUUCAUUUUGGAUUUCUUUUAUCUCUUUAUUGAAAUGACUCAAAAAAGCAUUUUAGAAUGAAGAGAGUGUGCAUUGUUUAGCAUUUUAUUGGAGUUCAUUUUAUUUGAAAUCAUUGCUGUUACUAGGUGAUAAUUGUCCUAACGUUCAGAUGUCCAAACAAGAUUUCUACAUAAAAAUGAUAAUAGAAGUAGUUUGGUAUUACAACCCAUAUUUAUCUUCUUCUCUCCCCCACCCCUGCCCAAACAACGUGGGUUUAAGUCUUACCAGAUGAAAGGAUAUUUAUGUAGUCUUUUUAUACCAAAGUCAUACUUAGAUGUUGUCACUGGAUUAUAAUAAAAAAAGAAAUGAAAUAUUUCCUUACUCUUGGUUGCUGUGUAGCUAAGCCAGUUUUAAGCCUGGUAAAAGUAAUGAAUACAUAAUUAUUUGAUCUGAUCUUCACCAUCGUGAAUUAUGGCUACGCCAAAACUUCUUGCAACAAUAUUGAAUAAUAUGCCACAUUAAUCUUGUUAGAUUAUUAGGACUAGAUAAUGUAAAGCUGAUAACUGUUUAGUGCUAAAUUUUAGCAACAUGAUUUAAGAUUUUUGCUUUGUUAACCAGUUGCCAUAAAGAAGUCAGUGUAUAGACACAAAAAAUUAAAGUCAUAGAUUCAUGAAUAAUUUAAUGUUGUACGCUGUAAUUUAGUGUGGGGAGAGGGGCGAAGAGGGGAUGGGACCUUGAUAUACUUAUCAAUAAAGGGUUACCAGAAAUGUUCAUUAAAGGAAUAUUAGCCAUCAUCUAGUUCCAACCUCAUCUAGUCCAGGUACAAAACUAGGGCAAGAGAGGGCACGAUUGUGGAGUUGGGGCUAAAAACUAGAUCUCUAGAAACCAAGCCCAGCAGCUGAUUCUUAACAAACCUCUGGAUUUUGAGAAAAGCUUUGAGAAGCCACACUUCUUCGCCAUUGCUGAGGUAACAGUAAUGGUAGCAAACCCGUUCCUUUUCCUUACUUCCCUUUCCUGAGUUUAUGUGACAUUUUGGCCAUUAAGAAUCUCACCCUGUCUUCCCUACAACUGCACACUGGUAUGCUGCUUAUUACAAACUCAAAAUAAACCCUGUUAUUCAUUGUAUGUUUAUUGUAUUUUACUAUACUUGAAAUAAGUGGCAUGGAUUUAUUUUUUCUUACCUAUUUGGAUUAAGGCUUUGUGAUCCAUGCAAAUAAUAUGCAGAUGAUAGCAUCCUCGUAUUACUAAUUAAAAUAUCAAAGCCAUUCAUUUUGCUGGGACUGGGAACUCUUCAUGGGAGUAUGUCUUAUCUCCCCAAUAAAUUAUAACUAUUUUGAGGGCUGGGACUUUCUUUCUUAUACAUACCACAAUAUCUAUGACAGACUUGGGCACAAACUAUUGACCGAUUUGGGGGGAGAAACUUCUGUGAAGAGGCAAGGAGAAGCAAACUCCUGUAUGUGUACAUGUAUAGCCAUACGUGUCAAUACACACACAGACGUUGAGGCUGUCCUUCAGUAACAAGCAAGAAAUCUCUUGCUGGUGAUGCCCGACUUCUCAUAAAGGAGCAUGUUGGAUAAGUUCUAAUGCCAGUUCAGCUCCCCAUUUAUUAAGAGUGGUGACGAGACAUGACAGAGUGGUUCAGUCAUGAGUGAAAAAAAAAUCACGAAUAUUGUAGUUUUUUAGAACAGAGGCCUUUUAAAGAUCAUUUAGUACGACUUCUUUCUUAGUUGUGCUUUUAGACAUCUUUCAUAGCUCUAUCUUCAUGGCACAAAUGCUUUCAUUAGAAGCCUAUUAUUAGUAGCCGUGAGUCAGAUAUUAUCCUAAUUAGAAUGCCCCGUGAGGAAAGAGAAAGUCCGAAUGUUUUGUUCUGAUUUUACUGCACCUGAGAUUGUGACUUGAUCUUGUGUAGAACUGGUUUUGUAUCCUUUCACAUGGGAUUUUUCCAGGAUUAAAGAUGCAAAUUAGAGAAUACAUUUGAAAGUGAAGAUACUGUAUUUCCCCAUGUAUAAAAUGCACCCUUUUUCAAAAAUUUUGGGGUCUAAA